AUGGAGCCCACCACAGACGCUGCCGAGUUGGAACGGGUUAAAGCUACUCCAAUCACCGUGGAGCCCAUCACAGAAGCUGCCGAGUCAGAACCGGCCGAAGAACCUGCGCCGGCGGCAGAAGCAUUGGCCACUGCUACACCAGUCGAGACAUCAGGUGCAGAGGCGGAGGAACCUGCUGCAGAUGUUAAUGUGGGUAUCACAGCAGAAGUGGAGGAUAAUGAGGAGCCGCAGGAUUUCACGAUCGUCGGCGACGUCUUUCUCCAGAACACGUAUUCGGUAUUUGAUUACGGAAAUACGAGGGUAGGAUUUGCAGAACUUGUUUGA